UUCUUGCAGCUAGAUGCAGCAGUUGAGCUUCUUUUAGGGUUCCAAUAAAAAAAAGUUGAAAUAAGGUCACCAAAACAAGGAAAUAAUUCCUAGUCUUCUUUGACCCACCCUCUCCAUUUUCCCUAUAACCUUGCGUGCUGCUUUUGCCCUUUUCCUACUGUAGGGUUUCCUAUAAAUACCGGACCUCUUGUACACGCAUAAGAACAAGAAAAAAAAAAGAAAAAAAGAAAAACAUUGGAGCUCAUCAUCAUCAUAUUGAUUUUCAUUGGAGAUGGGGAGCAUAGAGAUGGAGAAGGAGAGAUUGACGGCCGAAAUGGCCUUCAGGGAUCGAACCGACGGUCCAGAUCGAGAGGCCUUCUCUGGCCAAGCCAUAGUCAUAAAAAUCCGGCAAAAGCUGCCUGAUUUUUUACAGUCGGUGAAGCUCAAGUAUGUGAAGCUGGGCUAUGGUUAUCUGAUGAGCCAUGGCCUUUACUUGACGGUUAUUCCCCUUCUGUUUGGUGCAUUGUUUCAGGCUGUUCGGUUUGGAAGACACCCUGUUCUCGGUUUCUGGAGCAACCUCUGUUUCGACCUGGUCACGGCAAUGGGGUGCACCGUUGUCCUCAUCUUUGUUCUAACUCUGUACCUAGUGAAGCGACCACGACCUGUUUAUCUUGUUGAUUUUGCUUGCUAUAAACCGGUCGACAAUCGCAAGAUCUCGACAGCCGAAUUCCUAGACAUGACUGAGAAGAAUGGCGCCUUUGAAGAUGAGACCAUAGCUUUUCAGAAGAGGAUCACCAUGAGAUCAGGCGUUGGGGAUGAGACCUACUUGCCUCAAGGUAUCACCUCCAAGCCACCGAACCUAUGCGUGCGCGAGGCUAGACUCGAGGCCGAGGAGGUCAUGUUUGGAGCGAUCGAUGCUCUGUUUGAGCGCACCGGUGUUCGGCCACGAGAUAUCGGUGUGCUCAUCGUGAAUUGCAGUCUCUUCAACCCAACCCCGUCUCUCUCCGCCAUGAUUGUAAACCAUUACAAAAUGCGCAGUGAUAUCAAAAGCUUCAAUCUGGGUGGGAUGGGGUGCAGUGCUGGUCUCAUAUCGAUCGACCUCGCUCAAGAUAUGCUCCAAGCCCACCCAAACACCUACGCCGUCGUGGUGAGCACUGAGAACAUUACCCUCAAUUGGUACUUCGGAAACGACAGGUCCAUGCUUCUCUGCAACUGCAUCUUUCGAAUGGGGUGUGCCGCGGUGCUGUUAUCGAACAGGGGACAUGACAAACGACGCUCCAAAUACGAACUGGUCCACACGGUGCGCACCCACAAGGCCUCAGAUGACAACAGUUACCAGUGCGUCUUUCAAAGAGAGGACUCACGCGGCACUGUCGGUGUCUCGCUCGCUCGCGAGCUCAUGGCAGUUGCAGGCGACGCGCUCAAGACCAACAUAACAACGCUUGGCCCGUUGGUGCUCCCGCUGUCAGAGCAAUUGCUUUUCUUCUUCACUCUCAUGGCUAGAAAGGUGCUGAAAAAGAAGGUGAAGCCUUAUAUCCCAAACUUCAAGCUCGCCUUCGAGCACUUCUGCAUUCACGCCGGCGGCCGGGCGGUGCUCGACGAGAUACAAAAGAAUCUGCAGCUGAGCGAUUCGCAUAUGGAGCCAUCGAGGAUGACUUUGCAUAGGUUCGGAAACACUUCCAGCAGCUCGCUUUGGUGAUUGGCGUAUACAGAGGCCAAGGGGAGGGUCGGGAGGGGGCAUCGGGUUUGGCAGAUCGCGUUCGGGUCCGGGUUCAAAUGCAACAGUGCGGUGUGGCGCGCUCUCAGGAGGGUGGAAGUGGGCGAGUGGCCCAGGACUAACCCUUGGUCCGAUUGUGUGGACCGCUACCCUGUCAAGGUCCCCUCCGCCUGAGGAGCCUUCACCCUUUUAGCCAUUAGACAAAACCUUCUAACUCACCUUCUCUCGUUAUGAGCUCUCUUUCUCCCUUAUUUCUUUACCAUGUUACUCUGUUCCCCUCUCUCUUUAUUUCUCUCUCUUCAUGCAAUUCCUCUCUUUUCUUGCUUUAUUUUCAAAUCGAAUUGAAAGGUUAAUAGGAGAUAGUGCCAGAAACGGUUUAGUUAACCUAAUGGAUAAAUAGAUCAAUUCAACAGUUCUAACCGAAAAUUCUAAAGUUCCUCUUUGAAUGCCCUUUUUCUCUCUAUUAUUGUUCACCCGCACUAACAGUCUCUUGUUUUUCUCUCUACCUCGGAAUCUGUCUCACCGGAUUGCGUCGCCCGAUGAAUGAAAUCACGUGAGGCGAUGACGUGGAGGCUAGAAAAGAGCCUCCGUUGGCUGGAAAUUGGAGGGAUUUUAUGAAGAUAAUUAAUUGUUUUGCAUUUUUUAUUUCUAUUUUCUCUCUUUCGUUGUUAAAAAUACAUGGCAUUAAAAUGAUGGAGAAUUUCUAUAGCAAUUGUAAUGAGUUGCUUUUAAGUUUAAACUAGCAAAAAGAUAUUGUAAUUAA